AUGGUCUUGGUUAGAUAUUCUCUCAACAAGCAUUCAGAAUCUGUGGAAAAGAUUAGACGCUUCGAGAUGCUUUCAACAAAUACGUCGCUGAUUACAAAGAAGAUAUAUAUGAAUACAGCUGAACGGAAUUAUCGCUACAACGUUUUCACGGAAAACAUGGAACGCUGGGAGAAAGAUGAGCGCGUGCUUGGCGGAGAAAUUGAUCUUGAUGUCACCGAAUAUGCUGAUACUCCGUUGGCUGAAAUGAAGAGAGGUUUGUUCACU